GUAAUCCAUUCAAAAUGAUAUGAGUCUUGUUCCCUCUCAUAAUUUUCCUGUUCUUGUAGAUGAAACCUAUAAAUAUUUUUCAACUAGCUUUGUUUUAAAAAUUCUAUAAAGGAAGUAGGCUUCAGUGUGAACAGAGCAUUUUAGCCCACUCCAUCCCUAUUCCUUGAAUUUGAGUUCACACAGUUCACAGUUGUGUUUUCAGUGCAGCCUGCAGUGUCGAGUUUUGUUGUUUUCUUGAGCAAAUGUGUGUGCUCUCCUUCUCAUUCCCAUGCUCUGUGCUGUGUUGUUUUCUUUCUUUAGCCUCUUUCUCUGUCUAAAUUCAUUUGUAUUGGUAUUUAGAAAAUGGGAACUUGUUGUUGACAUGAGUAGGCUAGGCCGAAUAUUUCUUGCUAGUUCUUCUAGUCCUAAAUUGUUUGAUUACUUACCUUCUUGCAAUUCAGCUGUCAUCUCAGUCUCCAGCUUAUAAUCCGAUUUUGGAAUUGAAAACUCAGUUUAUGAAUCUGUAAGCUAGUUAUAUUUGAGUUUGAAGAUCUAAAUCCUGGCAGACAAAAUGGAAUGUGUGAACGAUCAACCAAGUAAGAAGUUGAUAAGAUCCAAAUCAGGAUUGAGAAUAGUGGUAGCUAACGAAGAUCAAAGGAGUCCUUUUGUUAUCGGCGAACCACAGUGGACACCUGACAAAGAGGCUACUCAUUGCACUAAAUGUAGCACGAAGUUCGGAUUCACUACAAGAAGGCACCAUUGUCGAAGGUGUGGUCAGAUCUACUGUUCGUCAUGUUGUGAUGAAAAGCUUGAAAUUCCUCGCAUGUGCUUCAUUGACCCGGUUCGCGUCUGCUUGAACUGUGCGCCUGCCGUUUUAGAAGAGAAUAAAUUUUUCGAAUGCCAUCUGAAGACCCUAACUAACGGUGCCACAUUCAUGCUAGAAAAAGAAGAAAGUAUAAUCGACAGAGAAAAUGAAACUCUACAAUGUAAAUUAUCCCAAGACCACAGGUAUCUGAUUUUUGACGGUGCUAAAAUUGCACCUCUGGAAAUUGGAAAUAUAAGAAUAUUACGACUUCACAAAGAUCCGCAUUCAGCUUUCAUUGUUGAGGAUCCAUCUGCAGGUAUCACAUGCAUAGAUCUGGAAUACACGAGACAUGAAAGUAAUGUGCCCUCGAUUUUGAGACUUUCCACAAUUAAUGAGCCACAACAACAGAAAAUUGGCGCAUCAUGGUUACUGGCACUGCAACAGGCUUUCAAAAUGCAAGCCUGCAAUUACCAGCAGUAUGAUUAACCUCUCUUACGAGAAGAUGGAAAAAUACAUCGACAGAAACUUCGUAAUUUUUAUUAGAUGGUUGUUAGAUUUAGUUUCUGUAAGGAUAUAUUUUUAUCAAUAAUUCGGUGUAUGUGUACAGUUCAAUUUCGUAUACCUGGUUGCCAAAGUAAUACAUUGUUAUUACUAUUGAUGGGUCAAUAGUAAUAACUAUUGAUGGGUCCUUCUUAAUCGAACAAACAUUUUUACAAGAUGGGAAUUUUUAUUUUCCAACAAAUAAGAAAGAAGUCAAAGAAAUGUUUGUGCUCCCAAUAUCACAAAGUAGUUGGCAAAUCAAAACUGAUUAACAAAACUGCAAUAUCCAUAGAAAAUACAAACUUUUUAAAUUGAAUUUGAACCAAUCAACCCUUAAAUUUAAUGAAUAUCCCGUAUGUUCCCACUGCACUAUCCUUUGAGCACCGUAACAAAAUAACGUAAUGCAUUUGAAUGUGUAUCCAGAGAAGAUUAUAGUGAGACGUUUUUAAUCUCUAGAAUUAAGAAUUUUUUUUAAACCGUUGAAUCUGAACAAAUAUAUCAUGACAUCAGUGUAAAUUAAAUAAUGUGACUGGUAUGAAGAUAGAUCUGAAGUAGAUUCAAUUAAUAAUAUAGCUUUAUUAUUUAAUGACUGUUAGAUUUUAAUUCAUUUCUUAUAAAUGGAUUCUUAUUAUUAUAUUGUCUAGUGCUUUUAAUAAGAAUGGGUCAAUUUUAUAAUAAUUAUACUGAGGGUGAUACCCACAUAAGCUCUUAGGCUUGUGCGUGGGUAAUAUUGUUAUUCAAUAUUAUUUCUGUUAGCAGUAGUGUUUCAUUAUUAAUGGAAAAUUUUGAUAUUAAUUUAUUUGUUAAUAAUUUAAAUUAUAGUUUUGGGUGGUAGUAGAAAUUCUCUACUGUUAAAAUUUGUUUUCAACCUUGUUAUUCUCAGAAAAAACGAAUUAUUGAUAGUAUUAGCCUAAACUGUACCAAAAAAGCCAUUAUGAAUCUCUCCCUCUACUAUGUGUCAUUUUUAUAAAUAUCAAACUAAAUUUCUCAUAGAAUCAGUAAAAGAGUUUCAUGUUUAUAUUAACUUUUGAUAUAAUUACAGUUUUAAUUCAACUCGACUUGAACAGUCUUCUAUUUUGGACCUGAUGAGUUGAAUAUGUUCUAAUUUUAGUAUUGGACGUUAUAAUAUGUUGACGCUAUUCCUUUUAAUCAUUAUCGUUACCACUUGUUGAAUUAUAUUGGCAUUUACAGCACUGUUGAAACAGUUUAGUUAUAUAGUUACUUUUGUAGUGUUUUAUCAGUAUAUCAUUGUUCUUCCAGAUAUUUUAACAUUAUUUUUAAACGUAGACUUGCAUGUGCAACUUUUAUUAGUAAAACUAUUUUUAUAGAAAAUAAAAUAAUUUAUGAAAAAUUA